AUGCUGCGAAUAGGAGACGCAAAGAAGGGUGCCAACCUCUUCAAGACCCGAUGCGCACAAUGCCACACCCUGGGUGAGGGCGAGGGAAACAAGAUCGGUCCCAACUUGCACGGGCUGUUCGGCCGUCACACUGGUCAAGUCGAGGGCUUCUCCUACACAGAUGCCAACAAGGCGAAGGGUAUUGAGUGGAACAACGACACAUUGUUCGAGUACCUCGAGAACCCCAAGAAAUAUAUUCCAGGAACGAAGAUGGCAUUCGGUGGACUCAAGAAGGAGAAGGACAGGAACGAUUUGAUCACUUUCCUUGCCCAGGAGACCAAAUAG